UAGCAUGAUAUCUGAAUGGCGCUGGUCACAUUUUUGUUGCCGAUGACUUCCCCGUCUCUUUCAGCGCAUGUUUCUACCCGGUUUACAUGUAUUACAAGUAACGUAUAUGAAAAAUAUCUUCCCCGCCUACUGAUUUAAAUUUUACAUGCGAACAUUAAAAACUUUGUUGCAUUGCCACCAGUGCCAUUGUUAAAUAUGCUCCUUCCAAAUGUGGCGCUAGAAGAAACGUAAAUAAAUCGGCCCGCCAGAAACUUUCAAAGCUGGUAAACAAACGGAAACCAUAUGAUUCGAAACGUCUCAUAAAAUGGCUUAUUACGAAUUCUAUACACACACGUCUGUGCCGUGCCGUUUCGCAUCGUUCGCACGUUUCCUGCAAGCUCAAUUAGACUGCUAUCUAGUAGGCUAGGCAGUAGGCAGAGCUUCGUCAGUGUGCAUAAUCGAAGUAAACCGUCACUUGGACGUAUCAACCGCUAGCUGCUAGUGCUGCCGCUGCAAGUUGGGUUUGGUUGGGUGCCUCGUGCUCAGUUAGUGUUCAAUCACACCUCGCUCUUAUCGGAUCGCGCAAAGGUACUUACGCCUACUAAGCCCAGCCGGUACCUACACGUUUAAUUCCAUAAGUUCGGUUUUGUGGUUUUUGUUUUUGCCAUUUCAUCACGUCGUCGGUCGAUUGUCGCUAUGACGAAAUUAUCGCGAUAAAAGAGAAAGAAGACGAAAUUUUCAACGCAAGUGAUAUAAGCCUUAUUGCUAAUUCAGUGUAUUUUCCUCAUUUUGCUUCGCCGGGUGAAGGUGCGUUCCGGAGCGAAUUUUCAAAGGAAUCAAAAUUCUACCAACCAGGAGAAAAAUGACCAACGCGUACGACAUUUUCAGUGGAGUGUGCGUUUUUGUCGUGUCGGUGCAACUGCUGCGGAAGGUGUUUCCAUGGAUCUACGAGAAUCUGCUCGGGCCGAAGUUGUUCGGUUCCGGCGUGAAGCUACGUGAGAUGGGAUCCUGGGCAUUGGUCACCGGAGCAACCGAUGGAAUUGGCAAAGCCUACGCCAAAGCGCUAGCUAAAAAGGGACUAAACGUGGUGCUUGUCAGUCGAACUCAAUCCAAAUUGGAAAAUGUCGCCAAAGAAAUCGAGGAAGAAUCCAAAGUCAGCACCAAGAUCAUCGUGGCUGAUUUCGCCUCUGGCCCAGAGAUCUACGAAACAAUCGCCAAACAGACGGCUGGAAUGGAAAUCGGUGUCCUAAUCAACAACGUCGCCAUGUGCUACACCAGUCCUGAGCGAUUCCUUCAACUGCCCAAUCAGGAGAAGUUCAUCAACGACCUGGUCUCGUGCAACAUCUUCUCCGUGACUCGCAUGUGCGGUCUGUUCCUCCCCAGAAUGGCCGAACGAAGAAAGGGUGUCAUCAUCAAUAUCUCCUCCGUAUCGUCGGUCAUUCCAUCUCCGAUGUUGACGAUCUACGCUGCAACCAAGGCAUUCGUUACCAAAUUUAGCGAUGAUCUUGCCACCGAGUACGGCAAACAAGGUGUACUGGUCCAAUCGAUUCUUCCUGGCCCGGUGGCCACCAACAUGUCCCAGAUACAGAAAUCCUCGUGGUUGGCUUGCUCACCGAAGACAUUCGUCGGAAACGCGCUGCGCACGUUGGCAAUUGCGCGCCAAACUACCGGAUACUAUCCGCACUCACUCCUCAAGCUCAGUAUGGACAUCUUGGACUUCCUGUCACCGACCGUUGCUCGCCUGGCCACUUUGAAGGGACUGGAAAUGGCACGAGCAAAGGCUAAACAGCAAGCGGCUGAAAAUAAAACAAAUACUAUUAAGUAGAUCAAGAAGACUAGUCCACUCGCAUCUAUUAUACCCUGCAAACAGGAAGAA